AUGAAAAACAGCACCUUAGGGUCACAUUCAGAAAAACGUUUGGACAGAAAAAAUGAUGACAGCGAAAGUUUUGAAGAUGAUGAAGUUAGUCAUUUGGCACCGCUGCUGGAAGGUGAAUCCUUUUCCGGGCUUGUGGCAGAGCAGGGGGAGGCAGUGGGACCUGGGCAGGCUGGCAUGAGCUCAGCCCCGGGCCCCGGUGCUGAGGAGGGGAUGCUCGUCACCUUGUGCUACGAGGUGAAUGGCUCCUGCUACAAGACCUUACACCCCUUUGGGGUCCAGCUGGCCAGUUAUCUGGCCUGUGCCUUGGGCACGCUGAUCACGGUGAUGGGGAACCUGCUUGUUGUCAUUGUCAUUUCCCAUUUCAAAGCCCUGCACACCCCCACCAACCUCCUGCUCCUCUCCCUCGCCCUUGCCGACCUACUCCUGGGGCUGACCGUGCUGCCCUUCAGCACCAUCCGGUCUGUAGAGAGCUGCUGGUAUUUUGGAGAUGACUUCUGUAGGCUGCACACCUUUCUGGACACACUCUUUUGCUUGACCUCCAUAUUUCAUCUGUGUUUCAUUUCCAUCGAUCGGCAUUGUGCCAUCUGUGACCCUUUGCUCUACCCCACCAAGUUCACCAUAAGAGUGGCCUGCAUUUACAUUGGGGUGGGGUGGGCAGUGCCUAUGGCUUAUACCAGUGUCUUCCUCUACAUUAAAGCAAUUGCAGAAGGAAUGGGCCAUUUUCUGCGAGACAUGCCCUGUAUUGGUAGCUGUCAGCUGCUGUUCAACAAGCUCUGGGGGUGGUUGAACUUCCCAGUAUUCUUCUUCCCUUGCCUCGUAAUGAUAGUUCUGUAUGUAAAAAUAUUUACUGUGGCUAACAAGCAAGCCAGGCUGAUAAACAACAUGAAUAGGAGUCUCAGGUCUCAGCUACACGUAGGAGCAUCUAAGAGGGAAAGGAAAGCAGCAAAGACUCUGGGGGUAGCUGUAGGAGUCUACCUCCUGUGCUGGUUGCCCUUCACUAUUGACACCAUGGUAGACAGUCUUCUGGAUUUCAUUACUCCCCCAGUUAUGUUUGACAUGCUAAUUUGGUUCGCUUACUUCAAUUCUGCGUGCAAUCCCUUGAUCUAUGUACUCUCCUACCGCUGGUUCAGGAAAGCUGUGAAACUAGUCUUAACUCAUGGGAUCUUUCGUUCCAGGACAACUACAGUAGACUUGUACCAGGAAUGA